AUGUUUGUCUACGCAACGUUGACUCUGGCCCUCUUGGUGGAGUCCUCUUUCUCAAAGCAACCUUCAGCUCCCGAGGCGUUUGCAGCUCCACUCAGAGAUCUGCAGCUCGGGCAGCUAAACUUCUUACAUACCACGGAUACCCACGGCUGGCAUGCGGGCCACUUGCUCGAGCCAUCUUUCAGCGCCGACUGGGGCGACUAUGUGGAUUUCGCCGCGCGACUCAGGGAGAAAUUGGAUGCGGAGGGCCUUGACUUGUUGAUUGUCGAUACGGGCGACCGGAUCGAGGGCAAUGGUCUCUAUGACGCAUCAGAGCCCAAGGGACUCUUCACUUUCGACAUCUUUCGCGAGCAGCACAUGGACAUCAUCUGCGCCGGCAAUCACGAGCUUUACCAGAAGAACUCGUCCGAAAAUGAAUAUCUGAUCACUGCCCCGGCGUAUGCCGGCAGCUAUCUUGCUUCCAACCUUGACAUCCGGGACCCAAACACGGGGGAACUCGUCCCUCUUGCACAAAGGUAUAAAAAAUUCACCACCAAGAAUCAAGGCAUUCGCAUUGUGAGCUUCGGGUUUCUCUAUAAUUUCGAUCGAAACUAUAACAACACCGUCGUCCAGCGAGUCGAGAAGACAGUUCAAGAAUCCUGGUUUCAAGAGGCCAUUCGCGACCGAGAAGUCGACCUGUUUGUGGUCCUUGGCCACGCCGCCAUACGCUCCGAGGAAUUCGACAUCAUCUACAGGGCUAUCCGGUCAGUCCAAUGGGAUACGCCCAUCCAAUUCUUUGGCGGCCACUACCAUAUCCGGGACUAUCGCAAGUUUGACACCAAGUCAUACGGCCUUGCGAGCGGCCGCUUCAUGGAGACCAUUGGCUUCCAGUCCAUCGACGGUCUCUCCACAAACAGCAGCCGUCCGGCUGCUAAGAACCCCACGUUCUUCAGGAGAUACAUCGACAACAAUCUGUACUCAUUAUACCACCAUUCUGGCCACAACGCAUCGACGUUCCAUUCCGAGCGGGGCCGAAACAUUACCGAAGCAAUUGUUGAGGCUCGCGAAGCGCUUGAUCUUGACCAAACAUUUGGCUGCGCUCCAAAGGAUCUAUGGAUGAGCCGCGCGCCUUAUCCUAGCAAGGAUAGCAUCUUCUCUUGGCUCGAGGAGGAAGUCUUCCCUGGCAUUGUCAGCGACGUCAGACGACGCGAUCGGCCGCGCCUCGUCAUAUCGAACACGGGAGCAAUCCGGUUUGACAUCUUCAAGGGAGCGUUCACCAAGGAUUCAACCUAUAUUAUCUGCCCAUUCACCAGCGGAUUCCACUACAUCAAAGACGUGCCGUACAGCAAAGCCAAACAUCUCAUCAACAUGCUGAACCGCGCCGGUCCCAUCUUUGAGAAUCUCGACCCAUCUCUGGCCAUGUGGAAAUUGGCCCCGCCCGAACAAAUUGGUGUGAAAGAAGACAUUGUCGUUGUCUCCUCAUCUGACCACAAGCGCGGAGGCCACUCGCAAAUUUCCCUCUCCGAUGACGACGACCGCGACAAUCUGACGCCGGGCUACACCACGCACGACGACUUGGGUGACGAUGGCGACGAUACAAUCCACUCCCCGAUAUCCUUCUACCAGGUGCCCAACUGUAUCCAAUCAACGAUCAAUCCGCACCCAGACUCGAUCAACCUCGAUGCCGAUGCCGAUGCAGACGAAGGUGACGUCGUCGUGGACGUCGUCUUCAACGAGUUCAUCGAGCCGUGGGUCAUCUUGGCCUUUCGGUUCUUGGGCCUGGAGUACUCGGACGGGGACGUGGACCAGUACAUGCCUAGAGACAAUCUGACGACCUUGAUCGCCAAAUGGGUCGCUGAGAACUGGAAGGUUCAUUGCAAGGCUUGA